AUGAAUGUUAUCAAAUUGAAUCGAUUCUCUUCGCCAGCGUUACCAAAUCAUCCGGGUCGUGCAGCUUUAGUAUCAGGUCCAAAGCGGCAAUCAAUCAGUCAUAACAUUCCAGCCAGCAAUCGAUUAAUUACAUCUACGACAACAACAUCUUCAACGCCAUCGUUUAGCAAUGUUGAACAUGUUCGACGGUAUUCACUUUCGCGAACACAUUCGGAACAACCAUCCAAAGAAGGAAGUGAAUCGUCUACACCCUCAUCGAGUCGUCGAACAUCAACAUCAGAUACCAAUGAGAAGUCACAAAGAGAUAGUAAUAUAUCGAAUUACAAUGUCAACGCGCCGAAAAGUCUACGUGAAUGGCAUGAACAACCAGUUAAUCUUAGCGAACAACCACCGCUUUCAGAGAAAGUGAAUGUUCAAAUUCUUUCACCUAAUAGUGAUCGAACAACUGCUCGCUUUUUCGUUGACAAUGAUCUUGCUACACUUGUCAUACCUAAUGGAGAAUCGAAAUCGGAAGAAAUUCAUUCUAUAGCAAGUGAACCAACAAAAGAUUCAUCCAAUGAAAAUGAAUGA